GAGGAUGACGUGGAGACUCAGUUUGGACGGGUCCACUGCACCAUGAAGGGGGUUCCCAAGGGCAGUCGCCCCGUCAUCAUGACCUUCCACGAUAUUGGACUGAACUACAAGUCGUGCUUCAACCCCCUGUUCAGCCACGAGGACAUGCAGGAGAUCAUGAGACACUUUGCAGUGUGCCACGUUGAUGCCCCUGGGCAGCAUGAGGGUGCCUCCACUCUCUCCACAGAGUACACCUACCCCUCUAUGGACCAGCUCUCUGAGAUUCUCCCUCAGGUCCUCAAGCACUUUCGGUUUAAGAGUGUCAUUGGACUGGGCAGUGGUGCUGGUGCCUACAUCCUCGCUAGAUUUGCUCGUUACCAUGGAGAUUUGUUCUUUGCGCCACAGGAGGAGAUCCAGAACAACCCUGAUCUGAUCGCCACAUACCGCAACCACAUCACCAAUGAUGUCAACCAGUCCAACCUGGCCCAGUUCUUCAAGUCCUACCAGAGCCGCAGGGGCCUGGAGAUGGAGAGGCCUGUCCCAGGGAGAAACAUUAACGCCAGAACUCUGCAGUGUCCUGCUCUGUUGGUGGUGGGAGACAGCUCCCCUGCAGUCGAGGCUGUGGUCGAGAGCAACGCAAAGCUCAACCCAACACAGACCACACUGCUCAAGAUGGCUGACUGUGGAGGACUUCCCCAGGUGAGUCAGCCUGGCAAACUGACAGAGGCCUUCAAGUACUUCAUCCAGGGCAUGGGUUACAUGUCCUCAGCCAGCAUGACCAGACUGGUGAGGUCCCGCACCGCCUCAGGCUCCAGCAUCGCCUCCUGCGACAGCAGCAGGAGCCGCUCUCACACCAACGACCACCAGCCCGCCCGGGAGCACACCGACGUGUCCAUGGAGAAUGUCUCCAACAGCACCGUAGAUCAGACCGUUGACGUGUCCAGCAGCAAGACUGAGGACGUCUGCUAGUGCCCUGGUCACUGAAAGGUCAUAGGUUGUCUCCCUAUUUCCUUUAUAGUGCACUACUUUUGACUAUGUGGGAAAUAGGGAGCCAUUUGGGACA